AUGCUUCCUUCAGCUUCAACGCUUCCCGAUACCAAAGAUGGCUUGUAUGUCUAUAGAAUGGCGAGGAAGAAGAUCACGAAAAAACGAAGAAUACGACGGCGAAAUAUUUCACAACGAUGUCUGAAAGCGAGUGAUUUUCGUCUUGUCACUGAAUUCUAUAUCAAUGGUUAUGGUGCAGUUCCGGUGAUUGCAGGCGAUCCAAGGAUAUUGCCUAGUGAAGCUCAAUUAUUCGUAGCUAGAAAAGCAAAACUGAUGCGGCCACGUGCGAUUUGCAUCUGUGAUGGAUCGCAAGAGGAGAGGACGAAUUUCAUCGAGAAUAUGCAACGGAAAGGAUUCAUGAAACAACUAGAAGCCCUCAGAGAGUGCUAUUUAGUGAUGACAGAUCCACGAGAUGCCAUAGCGCAGAAUUACCAACAGAAUAUCGUUACUCCAAAGCGAGAACGUCUCGAAACAAGAACUCAUGAUGUGAUACCGAGAUUUGCGAAAUGGAUGUCGCCGGUCACUUUUAAUCUCGAGCUCGUUGAUCGUUUUAGCGCAGCUAUGUUUGGUCGUGUAAUGUACGUAAUACCGUUUUCGUUGGGUCCAAUUGGUUCAAAGAACUCGCUCAACUGCAUCCAAAUAACCGAUAGUGAAUAUGUGGCCAUAAUGACAAGUAUUUGCGCACGGGUGUCCUCGUCGGUGUGGGAUAGUAUGGAAAACGGGAAUUUCAUCGGGUGUGUUCAUUCAGUUGGUGUUCCUCGACCCGUAAACCUCAAUAACGCCACCACCAAUUGGCCAUUUGCACCAUACGCAAAAUUUAUGGCACUGGACGUUGAGAAGCGUGUAAUUUGGUCAGUUGGUUGUGGAUGCGAAGAUGCGAUUCUCUGCAAAACAGAGGCUGCAUUGCGAAUGGCUUCUCUUGUCGGUAAAAGAGAACGGUGGCUAGCCGAGCGUAUGACCGUAAUUGCGAUUACAGCUCCAGACAAAUCUGAGCAUUUUAUUGGUUUGGCUGGUCCAGAUGGUUCAGGGAAAACAACUCUUGCAUUCAUGCAACCAACUCUACCCGGUUGGCAGGUAUUAUCGCUCAUAAUCAGCGACUUCUGGAGAACUAUUCCGAUGAGUUGGUACCAUUCCUAA